CUCUGUUCCCUCCACCACACAGCAGACAAGAAAGCUUGAGACCAGUAUUCACAGCAGACUUCUCCUCAUCUAAUCUCCACCCCACCUGAGCCAGCAUGUUCACCCCUCGUCUUGCUAUGCUGUCUGUGCUUGUUCUUGUACUGAGUGCCAUCACAUUUAGCGAAGGUCUUCGAAUGUCAAGCGGGCCGGAGAAGUGCUGUUUUACCUUUGCUGAGCGUCCGAUACCCAGAGGAAGAGUGGUGGGUUACACAAAGACCAGCCAGCAGUGCUCUAACCCGGCAGUUAUGUUUAAGACCCAGAAGGGGAGACAGGUGUGUGCCAGGCCCUCAGACAGAUGGGUGAAGGACUACAUCAACACCCUGGACAGCAAGAACUUUGGGAAGCAGACGCCACUCCUGUAACCAUGGUGAUGUGACCCUCAUCUGUGUCAACGUCAAAGCUAAUCCUUCAAAACCUAUUUUAUUACUCGGUUACACAAGAAGGACAUGGCCAGAACUCUGCCUCAGAGAGAGCAGUUUAAGGUCCUGAGCCAAAACACCACCUGGGUCUAUCUGGGCAAAUAGAUAAGCUAAAUGAUCUCCAUAUAACUGUAAUGCUGUGUAUACCUCUCUCUUUACCAUUUCAUGCCUGUGAUCGAUAGUCAAUAUUUAUUUUUUGAAUCCGUAAAACACAUAUUUGUGCUGAAUGAGUUGUGCAUAGUGAUGAUUAGAUUAAAUUAGAAUGUAGUUCCACAGAAUGUCCUAUGGAACAACAUUCUAUAGGCCCAUUCUGUUUGAUUGCCUUCAAUGAAUUAAAAUGCAUGUGGAUAAACCAUUUGUUGGUUUUAAUGCAUCUCUCUAUGUUUUAAUGCUUACCUGAUGAAACAGUACUGUAAAAAUAUAUCUAAACCACA